AAAAAGCUGUGCUGGCAAGGGUGGGAACUGAAUGACAACCCCCCUCUGCCAAGCCACCCCCUCAUAUUUUCCAUCUACCUCCUCGCUCCUGCCCUCCCCCGCCCUCCCCAACCCACGCCCGAGUGGGCCAAUCGCUGCUCCGCAUUCCAGGCGCUUUCUCAGGUUUCUGCUGAUCUUGCAGCGCCCAGAAAUGGACCGAGCGGACCCGCCGCCGCACGCACCCUGCCCCACUCGGAGCUCCUGACGGCUCCUGGCGCGCAGCGUAGCCCCGCCGAGGUCCACGCUGGGGUGCGGGAAGCGGAGGAGAUCCGAGAGCCAUGUAGAUCCAGGCUCUUGCUCGCCCCCCUCCUUCGGGAUCGAAUCAAGGGCUCCCAUAGUGUUAGGAGGGGGCGAGAGUGCUGUUUAUCGUCAUUUGCUUCCGAGCCUCGGGAGAGGGUGGCAUUUUGCUUUUCCGCCCCGCAUCCUCCGGAACUCCCUGCAUCAGCAAGAGGACGGCGUCUCUAGGUUGCUGGCAACCGGUGAGAACGGGGGAAGGGAACGGACAUUUCCGCCGUGGCGGUUCACUCAAUCGAUUGUCCCACUGAAGGGGCGUAGGACGAGGGGGCGAGGGAGGCGACUUUGCCCUGGCGCUUCUCGGAUGCUGCCGCUGCUCUGGCCGCCGCUCCCGCCCGGGUACUGCAAGGGCGACCUGCCGCAUUCCGACUCGGGCUCUCCGCCGACUCAGCACCGCCCCUGCGCCAAGCCGGCCGGCCAGCGUCCAUCGAUCGCCCUGGUGGGAGCUUAAAAGGCGGCAGGCGAAGAGGGGUAGGAGGGGGGAGAGCCGAGGAGAAGCAGAGGGGGUGGCAGGCGAGGGGAUCUGCUGAGCUGGCUCUGCACCAGGUCCUAGGAGGGCUCACGGAAGGGAGGGGAGGCCAGGGUGACCCCCGAAGUCAUGGCCCGGUCCGCUAGAACGUCACUGCGUUAAGGCACCUCCGAGCAGGAAGAAAUACCAAUUCCCUUCCCCUCGGCAAAAAGCUGCACCCAGGGCCGCAGGCGAGGGGGAUUCCAAACUGAGUAAAAGGCAGGGUGGAGGGGAAGGUAAGGAAAAGCAAAGUCACAGAUCUCUCCACCUGCUGGCUUUGAAGGCCCUCCCCCUGAGCGUGGGGGAGCUGCGCACUCCGGUGGGGGGGGCGCUUGGGUCCCCCCCACCCCUGCAAUCCCGCUGCUUCCCACCCCCGGCCCUCUCCUGGUCUCUCACCCCUGCGCCCUGCUUCCACCAUGACGGUGAUGUCUGGAGAGAACGUGGACGAGGCUUCGGCCGCCCCGGGCCACCCCCAGGAUGGCAGCUACCCCCGGCCGGCCGAGCACGACGACCACGAGUGCUGCGAGCGCGUGGUGAUCAACAUCUCCGGGCUGCGCUUCGAAACGCAACUCAAGACCCUAGCGCAGUUCCCUAACACGCUUCUGGGCAACCCUAAAAAACGCAUGCGCUACUUCGAUCCCCUGAGGAACGAGUACUUCUUCGACCGCAACAGGCCCAGCUUCGACGCCAUCCUCUACUACUACCAGUCCGGGGGCCGCCUGCGGAGACCGGUCAACGUGCCCCUGGACAUGUUCUCUGAGGAGAUCAAAUUUUAUGAGCUGGGCGAGGAGGCCAUGGAGAAGUUCCGGGAGGACGAGGGCUUCAUCAAGGAGGAGGAGCGCCCCCUGCCCGAGAAGGAAUACCAGCGCCAGGUGUGGCUGCUCUUCGAGUACCCUGAGAGCUCGGGGCCCGCCCGGGUCAUCGCCAUCGUCUCUGUCAUGGUCAUCCUCAUCUCCAUUGUCAUCUUUUGCCUGGAGACUCUGCCUGAGCUUAAGGAUGACAAGGACUUCACAGGCACCGUGCACCGCAUUGACAACACCACGGUUAUCUACAAUUCCAACAUCUUCACGGACCCCUUCUUCAUCGUGGAAACCCUGUGCAUCAUCUGGUUCUCCUUUGAGCUGGUGGUGCGCUUCUUUGCCUGCCCCAGCAAGACAGACUUCUUCAAAAACAUCAUGAACUUCAUCGACAUUGUGGCUAUCAUCCCCUAUUUCAUCACCCUAGGCACCGAGAUAGCCGAGCAGGAGGGAAACCAGAAGGGCGAGCAGGCCACUUCGCUGGCCAUCCUCAGGGUCAUCCGGUUGGUAAGGGUUUUUAGAAUCUUCAAACUCUCCCGCCACUCUAAAGGCCUCCAGAUCCUGGGCCAGACCCUCAAAGCUAGUAUGAGAGAGCUAGGGCUGCUCAUCUUUUUUCUCUUCAUUGGGGUAAUACUGUUUUCUAGUGCAGUGUACUUUGCCGAGGCGGAAGAAGCUGAGUCGCACUUCUCCAGUAUCCCCGAUGCUUUCUGGUGGGCGGUGGUGUCCAUGACCACUGUAGGAUACGGUGACAUGUACCCUGUGACAAUUGGAGGCAAGAUCGUGGGCUCCUUGUGUGCCAUCGCUGGUGUGCUGACAAUUGCCCUGCCCGUACCUGUCAUUGUGUCCAAUUUCAACUAUUUCUACCACCGAGAAACUGAGGGGGAAGAGCAGGCUCAGUUGCUCCAUGUUAGUUCCCCUAAUUUAGCCUCUGACAGUGACCUCAGUCGGCGUAGUUCCUCUACUAUCAGCAAAUCUGAGUACAUGGAGAUUGAAGAAGAUAUGAAUAAUAGCAUAGCCCAUUAUAGACAGGCCAAUAUCAGAACUGGCAAUUGCACCACAGCUAACCAAAACUGCGUUAAUAAGAGCAAGCUACUGACCGAUGUUUAGAUGUUUAAAAAGCCAAGCAAGCAAACAAAAAAAGCCACACUUAGCAGCUUGAAAGACUUAAAAACAAAACAAAACAAAACAAAACAAAACAAAACAAAACAAAAAACCUAGUGACUCAGGUCACUGUUUGUAGAUACUUUACUAAAUAGUCUCUGAAUGCUCUACUUAACUGUCAAUGCAUUGUUGCAUUGCGGAUUUUGGGGAUGGCGAACCAGAAGCUUUCAAAAUUCAGGAAAAAAGAAACUAUUUUCAUUUUAUUAAGAAGUGGGAAAAGAAAGUGUAUUUUCUAAAACUGGUUUAAAACAAUUCAGUCCAUGAGCUAGUCUAGGUAAACUAAGAUUCAUAUGCUUCCCCAUACUGAGACAUUUUUAAUCCUUUGGCUUCUUUAAUUUUUUUCUUUUAACUAAAAACCAGAUGAUCAUUUAGAAAUAUAAAAUUUAAAUUUGCAUGGGACUCCAUUAUAAAACUUUUGCAAACUGCACAGCACAUUUAAGACAGUGCAUCUGAUGUAUUAUAUGUAACAUUAUAUACCAGCCAAAAUGGGCAAUGAACAAAUGUUGUUUUUAUUUUGAUCAACCGAACUGUAUAUGACAAGGUGAAAACGCACACACACACACACACACACACACACACACCGUGCAAAAUUACUUAAGACUGGUUCAUAAAGCACCUUAUAAAUCUGAUACUGGUCCGGGUCUCUAGGGAUUUUUCCCUCUGCCCCAUUCCCCUUCUAAUCCAAACUAUUCUCUAAGAAAAAGAUAACUGAAUUACAUUAAUUGAUUCAUCUGCAGUGCUGCUAAGUUUCUCAACUGCAGGUGAGCCAAACACAGGUCUUUUCUCACCAGUCCUGCACUCUGACCCCUGGCCUCCAGAACUGGAUGUAAAAUCUUAGCCUCCUUAUUGCAAGAGAGCACAAAUGGAACUAAAUGUAAGCAUGUUUGAAUCUGAUCACAUUUAUUUUAUAAUCGCAUGCCAAGAACGUUAACUCAGACAAUAGGGGAUAAGCUUACGUUGGAAUCAACUCUUCUAAAAAUAGAUCCCUUUUCAUUUGCAUUCACCGAAAGUGCACUCCUUCAUUUAUUAACUAUUUUAUUAGUAAAUAAAGUACUGUAUUUAAGUGCAUAUGUUAGUCAGAUGGGAACAAUAACUUUUUGGAGCUCAAAGCAUGUUCUCUUAUUCAGCAUUAUGGCCUAUUUGAUCAAGGUGUACCUUGAAUUAAUUAAUGCAUGAUUUCAGUAAAAAAAUUAAAAUAAUAAAAAUUACAAGUUUGUGGGAUGAAGGCCCAAAAGAGAUAAUGGGGGGUGGGGGGUGGGGGGCACUCAGUUGAUUUUCCUGCCUUUGCUCAGGGAAAUGUCAGGUUUCUGUGCAGGUAUAGGCAGAGAGAGGACCAAUAUGCACAUCCCUUAAAGGGAAGCUCUGUGGAAAACUAAAUAAGUCAUCAAGGUAUAUAUAGCAACACCUAAGAACAAGUAUUCUUUCUAGCUGGAAAUAAACACAAGCAAAACAAACAAACAAAAAAGGUGCAAUACUGCAUGUUUUUUGGUGCAUUCUUAGGAUGUAAAUGAACAUGUUUAUCUCUUGUAUGCAUCCAAAGCAGAGCUGAUUUCUUUUUGCAGUCAUGAUUUGAAGUCUGUAGAGACUUCAGCCCUCCCCUUGAGGCUCCCUGAAGAAACUCAACCAAUUGAUUUAAUAGUUGCUUAGUGCCUUUAUCCUGUACCCACAGUGAACUGCAGAAAGUGCCUCCAUUAAUACAGCUGAGAUGUUAUGUAACAAAAGGGAGGAAGGGUUGAGGCACAGAUAUUUUGCUUUUGCUUUUUCUGCCCUCCCUGUCUCACUUCACCACUGUGAGAAGACCAUACCAUCCUAAACCCGGGAGAGGAGAGAGCCAGGAGGGUGCUGUCUCCCUGGCCAUCCACUGGACUUGGUCCCUUUGGCAGCCUGAUCUGGGAUGUAAACUGGGACCUGAGACCCAUCUUCGAACUGGACAUGAACCAGGAACUUGUUUUUUCCCUCUCCUCCACCAGAAGCCAAUAUAAAGUUUUAGGAAUUUGUUUCCUGUCAAGGGCCACUCUGGACAUGCAAGGCUUUCUCAGGUCCAGUGUAGUGUUCCUUGCAAAGCUCCUUAUUUCUCCUCUGUUAACAACAGCACUCUGCAAAUCUCUGAUUGUCUGAUCUUUUCAGGCAUCAGUGUGGAUGUGGGAACUGAAUUCAUAAUAACCUUUCCUGGGCCUUCGUUCCUGGCCCACUCCCUUCAGAUAUUUUCUAUGAUGCUCCUAUGAUCUUCCCACCUGGCAGUCACUUCAGAGGCUGAGCAUCUAACUUCUGCUGCCCCAAGCACUCAGCCCAGAGAAUGGUGGGGACCCCGAAUCUAGCUGAAAGAGAGCCACAUAACAUAGGCCUCUGGGGCCCAGCAGCUGUCCACCAAUGGAGAGGCACUCACAGCCUUUUUAAGGACACCAAGGUGGGGAAUCUUCAUUCUGCACUUAGCAUGUGGCUGUCUGCUGCUGUCCACCUUACAUUCCUGCCCUGCUUCUUCUGGAAAUCUUCCCUGUUACUUCCAUCCCUUCCCCCACCUUAUCCUAGAACUAGCAGUGAGGCAAUAAACCAAGAAGCUAAAGUAAUACCCAGGCUGGCUGACUCAGUUGAAAGAAAGAACAUGGAUAUUUUAUUUUCCUGUGCGGCUUUUGUGAAUCUGUAAGACUGAUGUAACAUCAUGGAAGACAAGGGGCCAAGAAUUGCACAGCUUCUGACCACAGGGCAUUAAACCCUCCCCUGUGAUGUUUCCUUCUCUUUUCAACCUUGACUCAUCCUGGCUAUUCCUCUCCUACCUGCUUAAAAGUCUCCAGUUGGGAAAAAAAAGCCAACCUCCCCCAAAUUUCUGGGGAUAUCUUGAUCUUUUAUUUAGACUUUGAGGUCUAGGACACACAGAACUUGAAACGCUGCACUCCGUCUACAGCAAUAAGCCACUCAGUACUAUGGGAUGGUUGGGUCAGAGGAUGAGAAAAUGGGACCAAGACUGAUUAAGACUGGCUUUGGCUACCUGGUAUACCUCUCAUAGAUUCGCUGGACUGGGGUUAUUCUGCAUGUGUUACAGGAAAAAGUGCUGCAUGCAUAAGCCUGUCAGCCUGGGAUAUGGGAUGAGUUGUUAUGAAUUUGGGUGGUAGGGGGGAAAUGAAUGCUGCUUAUCCAUCUGAAGCUCAUUGCAAUCCAGUCAGUAGGAAUGGAGUACAGGGAUUAUCUGUGUAGCAUAGGCAUGCGAAGUUUGACAAAGCUCUUACCCCUUGCACUGUAAUGUGCUGAAAUGUUUUUGUAGACCUGAAGGUGCACUUAACAAAACUGCCUAUUAAGGAAUGACUAUCUUUUGGUUUACUUCUAUUUAUUUUAGUGGGCUUUUUACCUUUGAAUCCCCUUCCUCGGUCUUGAGCUUUAAUGGCUCAUGUCCUGAAUACUUGUUUUCUCCAGAAGGACAGACUUCUGACAUGCUAAUAGCCAUAGCUCAGCUCUUCCACUGUUUUGGGGCCCUAGUUCAAUAGGGUGGCAAGUGGAAGGGUUGGGUUCUACCUGGGCUGUUAGCCAUCCCAGCAUCUCUGAAGUGGUUAACUCACCUCAAGUGAUCUGAAUUUGAGAGACCAAAGACAUUAAUUCCUUCUGUCCUCAGAUUUAAAGAAGACAGAUUGUAGCCAGGAAAGCUUUUUGUUUUUGCAUCAACCCUUCCCCAUCUGUGCACAGCCCUCCGUCACUCCCCCCUUGAGAAGUGAGUACUGAUUAUCAGUUAAAGCAGUUCAUUGGGAGUGUGUUAGUGAGUGAGCCUAGCAAAAUCAAAUGAACCAAUGGCAUGUUCUUCUGGAAUGUUUCUGAUGGACAGUCAUUUCUCUAAAAUGAAAUUGUACAACAGGUUUAGAGUCCACUGUGGUGGAACCAAAGCACAGGUGACAUCAUAAUCUUGACUCACUUGAAAAUUAAAAAACAAAGAGACAAACAUGUCAAUGGUAAGUGAGCAGAUUUCUUUAAGUGGAAAUUUGGUUUAGUCUGUAAAGGGCCUUUUUUAUGUUGUAUAGAGUUACAGGUUUCUCAAAUUAGUUAACAUCUGAAGAGUCAGUAAAAAUAGUUUCUUAACCCUCCCAUUUAGUAUAGGAGACCUCAAAACACAUGCUUUUUAACAAUUUUACAAUUGAAUUCCUUGUUUGGUAGGUUGCCUUGAACAAAAAGGAGAAAGAGUACAUCGGCAGAAGGCAGUUCCCCCUUUUCUUCCAGGGACAACUCAUUCCUGGGAGAGGUGAGAAUUGGUGGGUGGUAACCAUCCAUAGUAUAGAAUUGUUAGAAAGAAUAUAAACUGCCAAACAGCCACUUUACCUUCCUGUUUUGUCAAGAAAAAGUGAAGUCUUUUGAUGUUUUUGUUCAUUUCAAGAAGACAAAUAAACAAACGAAAAAUUUUAAACCAGACACAACCCAAGUUGAAUUGCAAUCUCAGGAGGUGGCCUCUCAUCCACCGUUCAUUGUAUUAAUACUCGUAUUUAUAUCACGGAAUUUCAGGGUAUAUGUGAACAUGUUCAGCAUGACUCAGGUAAACCUCAGAAGAAUGUACAUUACUUAUCAUUUUUGUAAAGAAGUAGGCAGGAGCUGAGUUGUUAACCAAAACUGUUGCAUUACCUUGGGUCACUGUGUGAACUCAUUCAGGGUAUAGGUGUAAGUCUCAGAAAUCUUGGGAUCAAAUGCCAGUCUCUUUGCUCAGGCAAAAUGACCAUGGGCUUUCUUGGGAAGUCCAAUAUGUACGUAAGGGGUGAGGCCCUGCUGACCUCAGGACUAUUAGCUUUAAGGAGAUUCUCCCUAGUCCCAGUGAUUUUUAUGUAGGAGCUAACUAGGAGUUUACUUUUUAUGACAUGAGACUUCACAGAGUAUAGAAGAGUUUUACCAUAAUCAGAGAAGAAGAAGAAAUGGUGUGAGGAAAGAAAAGAAAAUGAAACACAAAGGAGCCCUUGCAAAAUAUUCCAGGUCAAAAGUUGUCUCCUCUCCGAAACCUGCAGAAACACCUUUCUUCUCUUUAGUGCACUGUCUGGGAGCUGUUUAAGCUCCCAGAUGUAAGCCAACAGCAUGGACUCUAUAUGACAUACCUCUAACAUUAAAGAUACGGUAUUACUAAGGUUAAUAACUAAAAACUGAGUAGUAUUAAUUUAAAGUGCACCAUCAGGACAACAAACCAUUGAAGCUGAAAAAGCUCUACUUUAUUUCUUGAGUUUGCCAGUUGCUUACACCUUGAGUUAAGGAUGUGUCUCAUUUUCACCUGCUGUGCAUUUCUCCUGCCCUAACUGUUUAAUAUGUCAGGUAGAGGACAUUGAAUGUUAUGAAUUGAGAACCUAACUGAAGCGCAUAGUUUUCAUCUAUGCAAUUUUACUUGCUUCUGUCACUUUAUGAUCUGUUCAUAUUUGGCAUCAAUUAAAGAUAAUUUUUAAGGAUCUUA